GUUGGAGACGCCAAAACAUUCAAUGUUCAUCAAAACAUCCUCCCACCUUGUGAUUUUCUGAACUUUCGCCAUUUACAUUGCCAAAACACAAUCUAACCGGUGUUUUGUAGCUGAAGCUCUAAAGUAGCUGCGAGCCUCAGAAAACAGCGAACCAUCCCAUAUACGUCUUGACUACAUAGUGACCCUAUUGUCAAUUGACUUUCUUAAUAAAUAAUUUCUCUCUACCCGAAACACCCUCACACUUAUCAGCCGCCGAGCUCUGUCUUAACUCGAGAACCCCGGUGAGCUCGGCUGCGCAAUAAUGUCUGCCGAAUCUAGCGUUGAAGCUGCUGCGCCGGCGCUUAACCUGACGCCUGAGGAGAAGCGAGCAUACGGCCAACUCUUCCGACAAGCAGACACCGACAAUGUAGGCGUCGUGACAGGAGAGAUCGCCGUUAAAUUCUUUGAGAAGACCCGAUUGGACUCGCGCGUUCUUGGUGAGAUCUGGCAAAUAGCAGAUAAAGAGAACCGCGGCUUCUUGACUCCAGGUGGCUUCACCGUAGUCUUACGACUUAUCGGUCAUGCACAAGCAGGACGCGAACCGACCCCUGAACUGGCCGCCCAACAGGGUCCCUUGCCGCGGUUCGACGGCAUUAAUAUCACCACCACUGUACCACCACCACCACCGGCCCACCCGCCGCUACAGUCGCAGGGAACUGGCAACAUUCCUAUUCGAAUACCGCCCUUGACGCCGGAAAAAGUUACCCAAUAUGCCGUAUUAUUCGAGAGGCAGAACCUUCAGCAUGGCGGCAUUUUGGCGGGCGACCAGGCCAAGAGCAUAUUCGAGAAGUCGGGGCUGCCUAACGAAGUCUUGGGGCGCAUUUGGCAACUUGCUGAUACAGAGCAACGAGGAGCCCUUGUGAUCACCGAGUUCGUCAUCGCAAUGCAUCUCUUAACCUCAAUGAAGUCUGGCGCCCUGAGAGGCCUCCCGAAUAUUCUACCUGCGGGACUAUACGAAGCCGCUACACGACGCGGCUCAGCAUCGAGACAGAGCCCCACAGCCACUGGCCCCCCAAUUCCUGCUAUACCACGACAAUUGAGCGGCCCGGCACAGGUUCGAACGAAUAGUCCGCUUGGAAGACCUCCCUUGGGUCCCCAGGCUACUGGCAUACCACCUCCGCCGACAGGAACUGACUGGCUGGUCAUGCCCGCCGAGAAAGUAAAAUUUGACGAGUUCUAUACAAGCCUGGAUAAGACAAACAAGGGUUUCAUUACCGGAGAGGAAGCUGUUCCAUUCCUAAGUCAAUCUGGCUUGCCAGAAGAUGCUUUAGCUCAGAUAUGGGAUUUAGCAGACAUCAACUCAGAAGGUCGGCUAACUAGGGACACAUUUGCGGUCGCUAUGUACCUCAUUCGUCAACAGCGGAGCAGGCGAGAUUUCCCGCUGCCUACGACCCUUCCGCCGAACCUUAUCCCGCCGUCGUUGCGAAGCCACCCUCGCCCUCCGGUCGGCCCGUCGCCAUUUGAUGUCCCAGCUGCUUCUCCUCCGCCGCCGCCACCUCAGCCAAAGUCUGCUCUCGACGACCUAUUUGGCCUCGAUGCCUCCCCCACCCCAGCUCCAGCGCAAAUUCCAGUCUCAACAGGAGGUUCUGCGACAAGAGAUCCCUUUGCCAGCGGUCCACCAGCCUCGCCACUGCGGGCUUCCCCCACCGCUAACACGUUCAAGCCUUUUAUCCCGUCGUCCUCCUUUGGUAAAACUCUAACGUCCCAUGAUACCGGAGGUUCUGGAACCUCGUCUCAAGCUCCAAGAGGGCCUGGUCCUCUAGCUCCUUCUGCGAUGGACGAUCUUCUCGGCGACAAUGACCCGGAAAUUAGCAAAAAGCUGACAAAUGAGACGACUGAGCUGGCUAACCUGUCCAACCAAGUUGGCUCUCUUUCCAAGCAGAUGCAGCAGGUUCAAGGACAUCGCACAUCCGUGCAGAACGAUAUCAACCAGGCAAGCGAGCAAAAGAAGAAUUUUGAACAACGCCUAUCUCAGCUACGUGCUUUGUACGAGAAGGAGGCUCAGGAUGUUCGUACUCUAGAAGAACAGCUCAGGAGCAUACGUGAAGAUACAAAGAAAGUCACGAACGAGCUGAUUUCGAUAGACGGCGUCUACAAAGAUCUACAAACCCAGCAUCACCAGAUCUCGCAUGCGCUCCAGGCCGAUCAGCAAGAGAAUGCGAGCCUCAAACAGCGUAUCAGCUCUGUCAAUACCGAGAUUGCUCAGCUAAAGCCCCAAAUUGAAAAGCUCAAGUUAGAAGCUCGACAGCAAAAGGGGAUGGUUGCUAUCAAUAAAAAGCAACUUUCUACUGUCGAAGGUGAACGUGACAAGCUAAGGGGCGAGGUGGAAGAUCUAGCCAAGAGCAACGAAGACCUGUCUCGCAAAAUAAACUCCAACUCACCAGUCGCUACGUCAGCUCAAGUAGCAAGCCCAGCACCGUCGACCAAUAGCGCCAACAAUCCAUUCUUCAGGCGAACAGGGAGUACAGACAUAAUGGGUACUUUUACGUCGCCUCCUGUCAAGUCAUAUGGUGGCGAUAAGUCGUUCAAUGACAUCUUUGGCGAUUUCGGGAGCGAUAGUGCCUCACCAGCCCCGAUGACUUCGUUCAAGCCUCAAGACACUGGCGCGUCAACGGCCAGUAUCGGCUCGUUUGCUACUCCAAGUAGCUCUACACCGACAGUGAGCCGACAGACCACUUUGGACCCCACAGCAUCAAACGACUCACGACAGCAUAGUCCGAGUUUCCCGCCGUUUAGCGAGAUAUCCGACACGUUAUCACCUUCGCGCCAGGUUUCGCCCCCGGUUAGUCGGGGUGGUGACAGCGCUACAGCCCCUUCGGCAGCCCCGAUGGAGCCAGCUUCCACGGGCCAUAGUGUGGCAUCUGGCUCUGAUGUUAAUCAGAAGUGGCCGUCCGCACAGAGCGAAGACAAAACGAUGCUUCAUGGUGAUGGAUCUAUUCCCGGCUCGUUUCCUGACGACACUCCGACUGCCCCUGCGCCAACCACACCGUUCGCCGGGAACAGAGACAGUGACCUAUUUGGAAACCUCAAGGAAUCCGGCAAUGUGAAGGUGGACUUUGACUCUGCUUUUGCAAGCAUGACCAACUCUUCAAGUAAGCCUCAAGACAAGUCGACCAAAGACAAUUCUCACGCAUUCUCAACCUUUGAUUCAGAGUUCCCACCCAUCUCUGAGCUGGAACGAGAUGACGAUUCGGACUCGGCGAGCGAGGGAAAUCGAUUUGAUGAUGACUUCGCACCUGCAUCACCUACCGACAAGAAGAAGUCUGAGCCCAAGGAGGCUCAUCAAGCCCCAGCUUCUCCAGCGGCUUCGAAGGCGAGUGCUUCUGCGGUCGAGGGUCCCGCCACAGAGAGUGUGGCCUCGGCAUCGCAUACCUCUCAGCCGGCAAAUGAUUUAUCCGCAUUCCCCGAGCCACCGAAGGCCUCCCCAUCAAAAUCAUCGAGCUCUUUCGUCCCCACACCGACUAAAAUAACGAACUCGGCUCCUAUUGCGCCGAAAGGUGCUUUCGAUGACCUAGACGACGAAUUUGCGGACCUCGAAGAUGCCAAGGAGGGUUCAGCAGAUGAUGAGUUCGCCACCAUGUCGAGGUCUAACCUUGAUGAUUUCAACCCGGUCUUUGACAGCAGCCCACCCCCGAGUCAGCCUAAGAGCGAGUCGACUAAUGCUUCAAAUGCAUUUGGAAUUGACAGCAGCUAUGAUUUUGGCAAUGUUUCUACUACCUCGAACGCUACUGCUAGUGGUGCUCCAACCACGAAUAACACAAACAACGCAUCCUUCUCAAGCCAGGCUCCUGCAGCGCCCAAUAAUCAAGAUUGGGAAGCACUUUUUGCCGGCUUAGAUUCUCCCAACGACACGGUCACUAAGAACGGCGUAGAUGACAACAAAAGUCCUGGCCACAGCCCGAUUUCGAGCAGGCCCAAUACCCUGGAAAGGGCAUUGAGUGACGAGGGAAAGCAUGACGACCCAAUCGUCAAGAAUCUAACUGGUAUGGGGUACUCUCGAACGCAGGCGGUCAACGCCCUAGAGAAGUAUGAUUACAAUCUCGAGCGGGCCGCAAAUCAUCUAGCUAACCAAUCCUAGAGCUAGCUAGGAUUGUAAUGCAACAGAAUGCAUUGAGAACGCAGGAUGGUUGAUUCAUUGUUUUGAUACGAGAUACCUCAUUGUAUAGGCGCGGUUUGGUUGUGGAACUUAUUUGGGAAGUUUGACAAAAUGAACUUGAGUCGAGUUGUGAGGCUUGAGGGAGGGAAGAGGAGAGGAGAGAGGAGAGAGGAGAGAGGAGAUGGGAGAGUGGAGAGUGGAAAUUAUUCGCCGAGGCCUAGCAGGUUGAAAGGGCCAAUGAUUAAUGUAUAGUUCUGUAUGUAACUGUUGUCGACACAAUACCUAUCUGUUCAUUUGUUGCAUUUGCGAAGUUACCCUUGCGAAGCUGCCUUUGAGAGAAGAAAAUAUUG